AUGGCCGACGACGGCGAGGAGCAUCAGAAUAAGCGCUCGCUGACGGCGAGCGCCGAGGGCAGCGUCAGCAAGAAGGCCAAGGCGCUGUCCGCCUCACCUAGCUGCCUGGUCUCCGGCGUCAUACUGAAGGAGGAAUCGGAGGGAGAGGUUGCCCAAGGCGGAAGAGGUGUGGUCGCGGAGCAGGCCAAUCCACCCAUGGCGCUGCCGCGGAUAAACGUCAGCUUGCAACCGCAGCUGCUUCACUGCGCCGCCACCGAUUGCUACCGUCCCCUCAAGCCCCCCGUUUUCAAGUGCGUCGCCGGGCACCGCCUGUGCAACAACUGCCGCGGCGACGGCCGUGCGGGCCACUGCCGCAAGUGCGGCCGCGACACCUACUUCGUGCACUGCGGCCCGGACCUGGACGUCUACAUCGGCGGCUUCAGGGUGGCGUGCCCCUUCAGGGACUACGGCUGCGACAGCUCCGUCACCUACCACGAGAGCGACGCGCACCGGGACGCGUGCGCGCUGUGCCCCUUCAAGGCCUCCCCGCCCGUGCUCCACGACCACCUCGCCGCCGACCACGCCUGGCCCCUGCACGCGGUCCCGUCCUACGGGAAGCUCCUCCACCUCUACGUCGCCGUGUCCGAGCCGCCGCACCGCCUCCUGGUCGUGGAGGGCGACGAGCGGCGCCUCUUCGUUCUGUCCGUGCGCGCGCGCGGCAAGGACAUCUGGGCCGUCUCGCUGGCGUGCGUCAGGGCCAGCGCCAAGGCGGAGCCGCGGUACACGUACACGCUCUGGGCGGAGGCGCCGCCGCUGCCGGACAUGCCCGCCAACAUGGGGCGCUGGCUGGGGAUGGAGACGGACGUGCCGACCUGCGCAGUGCCCGGCGCCGGCGGCGGGGCCGCCGUGGAAGAGGAGGGGAUGGCGCUGUGCGUGCUGCCGGCGAUGCUGGUCGGACCGCUGAAGGAGAUUCAUCUUAGAGUCCGCAUCGACGUGGUCGAGCCAUAG